AUGUCGUCUCCUCAUCUCCAGACAUACAACGAGCGAGCAAGGAAACACACCAACAAGGCCGCAAGUGCUUUGCUCAGGGUCAUGGAAGAAAAGCAGUCGAAUCUUUCUGUUAGCGUCGACGUGACUAAAUCCAAAGACUUCUUCGACAUCAUCGAGGCAGUUGGUCCUCAUGUUUGUCUUAUAAAGACCCACAUCGAUAUACUCGAAGAUUUUGAUGCGACCGUGAUCGACCGCCUCCGAGAGCUUAGCGAAAAACACAAGUUUUUGAUAUUUGAGGAUCGUAAAUUUGCCGACAUAGGAAGCACUGUGGCAUUGCAGUAUUCAAAAGGGAUCUACAAGAUCGCGGACUGGGCUCAUAUUACCAACGCUCAUGCUGUUCCGGGGCCAUCGAUCAUCACUGGCCUCGCCUCUGUCGGCAUUCCUAAAGAGCGGGGGCUUAUACUCCUAGCAGAAAUGAGUUCCAAGGGUGCACUGACCACUGGGUCAUAUACAGAAGAUGCAGUUCGUAUGGCUCGAGCGCGCAGGGAUUUUGUCAUCGGCUUCAUAGCUCAACAUCGCAUGGAAGGCAUCGGUGCAUCCGAUACCGACAACAUCGCGGAGGAAGAUUUCUUGGUCCUCGCGCCAGGAGUAGGCUUAGAUGCCACAGGCGACACUAUGGGUCAGCAAUACCGCACUCCAGAGCAAGUUGUAUUUGAAAGCGGAUGUGACGUUAUCAUUGUUGGAAGAGGAAUUUAUGGCAAGGGUGAAAAUGUGGAUACACGGGAGGUUCUUAAGCAAGCUCAGAGAUAUCAAGCUGCUGGUUGGGAGGCAUACAAAAAGCGCGUUCAGUGCAUAUAAAUAGCGGGGUGUAAAUAAUAACGAGCUUACCUGGAAAUACCUCCAUUAGAUUUUACUUGAUGGCACUGCAUGUCUUUAUCCGACACCACCACCAUCCAGUGUCUCUGUUUCUUGUCGUCUUCUCUCAUCCUCUGCUUCUCUUUCUUCUGCCUCUACGACUUCGACAUCGAGAGGAAAUGUGAGUAUUGCCGCAAUACCUGUCAGUUGAUUCAACUGUUGACCAGAUUCGUGCAUGCUCGAGAACAUGACGACUUCUGCACCCUUUUGUUGCACUCCUUCGACGAGUUCGACAUAUGUCUUCCGCAACUUUGGGUCACUUGCAC